AUGGAGAGAACAACACUUUCGGAUCUCCCUGCUGAGCUCUUCGAGGCAGUGGCCAACAACGUCGAUAAAGAAGGGAUCGGUUGCCUUCGACUUGCCAACAAGGAGUGCUACAACAGGGCACAGUGGGCGUUCGCUAAAGUCCACUUCGAGGACCUUGUCAUCCUACCGGCGUACGAGCCCAGUCUGAAGGACGCUCUCAAAAUUGUUCGCGAGAGACGAUUCGGCUCAGCAGUCCGGCAGAUAAGCAUCUGUACAGAUGGCAUACCAUCACACGAGUAUUUGCGAAUCGCCUUCGCGAGAAUCUGGGUUACUUUGUAUAGUAGCGAGUCCUCGUUCGAAUCGAAGUCCGCAUUCUUGACGCAGAUUACAACGGCGCUGAAUUACGAGAAUUGGGAAACCGAAGCUGACGGCGAAGAGUUCACUCCGCAGAGGGCUCUCAAAGACAGCGCGACAGUUGGAACCAUUGAUGCUAUGUGCGAGGCCAUCUUCGACAAGCUUUCGAAUUACAAGAAGACCCUGGAAGUUGUUCUCACAGACUGCCGCAAGUCUGCUACUAGGCCACGGAAGUACGCGCAACUCGUUCGAGGAGGCGGGAUGGUUUUUCCAAGCGAAAUGACUCCGGCAAAUGAAAAUGGUGCAGUGCGAAUGCUGCAUUGCUUGUCGAAGUGCGACGUCCAGGUGGACAACAUUCGAAUGGAGCCUGGACGAUGGGGCUUACCGGUACACUCCUUACUGACCGACGAGGCAUGCUUGGCGUCUAUUGCCAACUGUCUGUCAACUUUGAAGAACGCGGAAUUGGUAGUGUGGGUUAAGAAGGACCGCGAUCCUCAUCCACUUGGGAAAGGCCGGUACAUCGACCAGUUCAUGCAGGUCCUUCAAGGUGCCGAGCAGCUCGAGUCUCUGUCGCUCGAGAUUCUAGACAGCGGCGAAGGUCUGUCGCACGAGCAGAUCGAGGAGGUCACCAUUCGCAGAUUCGAAAAGUGCGACACGUUGUGGACCUUUGACGAGCUUUUGCUGCUGGAGUUGAAGGCUUUGUCGCUCGUUGGAGGAGCUGUGCACUUCCACGAACUCGCACCCUUCAUCCAGCGACAGCCCGCGCUCAGAAGACUGCGUUUGAUGAACACGGUGAUAUAUCUCAGCGGACCGAGCGAGAAGGAAUUCGAGAGUGUCGAACGAGCGUUUGCGAUGUUGCUGCCGGACCUGGAGGUCUCAUGCGAAGGCUACACAAGGAUUUACUUUGUGGAGGGUUGA